UCUAACUCUCCGAGCGGCUAUUCGCCAGAACACACCGUUGCGGGAGUCAAAUCGGUUUGCAUCUCUGAUACUCGCGGAUUUCCCAUAUCUGCUUUUGCGACAAGGCUUUUGUUCGAAUUCGACGGAGUGCAAUGCUGCAACAGGUUUCCCCACUGCCCCUCUUUAUCACUCCGGCUUGAGUAUCUAUCUCUACGAAAAGAGGUGUUGAACUCUCUCGAAUCGAUUACGCGACAAUAGUGUUACCGUGGAUUCUAUAACUGAUCAUGGCGGAAGUUUCCUUCAUCGAAGGCUUAUUGACCUUCUGGCAUUCCUAUCGUCUCCCUAUUCUUAUCGCUGUCACUUCAGUCGCCAUCGUUCUGCGAGUCUAUCAGAAGUCUCAACCCAAGUCUAAAGCUGUGUCUGCUUCCUCUAUACCUCCAUCUCCCCGGAGCCAGUCCCCAGACAAAUUCGAGAAAGUCUGCGCCAGCAACAGUGAGAAACUGGUGGUCACGGAGAAAAGCGUUCCAAACUCUGCUGUUGGGAAUGAGUCUGCCCCGAAGGUUGCGUCUGGCCCCAAGAGAGUGUCUGGUAAAAAGCCGCUCAAAGUUGCUGGGCGCGGCCGGGGAUCGGACCAGGGACCUCCAGUGUCUUUCAUUCAGCCUAUCAUAUUCUUUGCCUCGUUAACUGGGACGACGGAAAGAUACGCUCAAGUACUGCUAGAGGACUUGCGGGCUGCAGCCAAGGAGAGAGCCGACCCGGAGAACCGCGACCGUGGCCUUCUUCCUCCUCAAAUCCACGAUCUUUCUUACAUAGACUUCGACGACUACUUCACCACGGCACCAAAGCCUCCAUCCACCUCUCCUGGCACACGCUAUGUAUACUGCUUAUUGAUCCCGACUUACAACAUCGACACGGUCCUCAACACUUUUCUUGGCCAUUUGGACGAAACCCACCAUGACUUCCGCAUUGAUACCUCAUCUUUGUCGACCUUGGCUGGAUAUUCCGUGUUUGGGUUUGGCGAUAAAGAAGGAUGGCCCACGGAAGAAGAAGGAUUUUGCUCGCAGGCCAAAGAGUUGGAUCGAUGGAUGGCUAAGCUUACUGGAAAGAAGAGGGCGUAUCCCUUGGGAUUCGGUGAUGUGAAGAAUGAUGCUGAAUCUGCCUUGAAAGAGUGGUCCCGCGGCUUGCAGGAAAUUUUGUUGGACAUCCUAAACAAUGGUGGUCUUGGUGAAGGCGUUCCGGGUAGUGGCGAUCCGCUUGAGAGUGACGAAGAGGACUUGGACGAUGAAGAGAACGACGGAAAACGCUCCAAACGACGCAAUGGCCAAGAUGUAGUUGACUUGGAGGAUAUCAAGAUGGGCUCCUCCGAUGGUCAGGCGGGAUCCGGUCCUGUACCAGUGGAUUUCACUACUACGGGCAAUUCCGUGGCACCUAGCCAAUCGACUGAGAAGGAAAUGGUUCCCAAGACGUCCCCCACAUACGCGGCACUCACGAAACAAGGUUAUACUAUCGUUGGCUCUCACUCCGGUGUAAAGAUCUGCCGUUGGACUAAGUCCGCGUUGCGUGGUAGAGGUUCGUGUUACAAGUUCUCGUUCUACGGCAUUCGAUCUCAUCUGUGCAUGGAGGCAACUCCUUCGCUUUCCUGCAGCAACAAGUGUAUUUUCUGCUGGCGCCAUGGUACCAAUCCCGUUGGGACUACUUGGCGUUGGAAGGUUGACUCACCCGACCUGAUCUUCCAAGGUGUUAAGGAGGGCCACUACAAGAAGAUUAAGAUGAUGCGUGGCGUUCCUGGUGUACGUGCAGAGCGAUUUGCGGAGGCGAUGCGUAUUCGCCACUGUGCCUUGAGCUUGGUCGGGGAGCCGAUCUUCUACCCUCAUAUCAACGAAUUCUUGGACAUGCUGCAUAACGAGCACAUUUCUAGCUUCCUGGUGUGCAACGCUCAACACCCUGACCAGCUUGAAACCCUACACCGCGUAACUCAGUUGUACGUAUCAAUCGAUGCUAGCAACCGUGAAAGUCUGCGCAAGAUUGACCGCCCGCUUCACCGAGAUUUCUGGGAGCGAUUCCAGCGGUGCCUGGAUAUUCUUCGGGAAAAGCGUCACUUUCAGCGGACUGUCUUCCGUCUCACGUUGGUCAAAGGCUUUAACGUUGACGAUGAGGUGAUUGGCUACGCGAAUCUUGUCGAGAAGGCAUUGCCAUGCUUGAUUGAGAUCAAGGGUGUGACCUACUGUGGUACUAGCACUAGCGCUGGUGCGGGAUUGACUAUGCAAAACGUCCCAUUCUAUGAAGAGAUUCAGGAAUUUGUUCUUGCUCUAGAUAAGGAGCUGCAGGGCCGUGGGUUGGAUUACGGAAUUGCCGCCGAGCAUGCACAUAGCUGUUGUGUGUUGCUUGCCUCGAAGCGUUUCUACGUGAACGGUAAAUGGCAUUCUCGCAUUGAUUACGACCGGUUCUUCGAACUUCUGGAGAAGGAGAAAGCCGACGGUACACCGUUCCGCCCUGAGGACUACAUGAAGGAGACGGAAGAGUGGGCGUUGUGGGGUAACGGUGGCUUCGAUCCGAACGAUGAACGUGUUUAUAGGAAGGGCAAAAAGAAGGCUCUCCAGGCACCGACUGAGUGAUGAAGUGGCCUUUGUCCUUCUCUUUUCUCAAAUCAACCAUGCUCAUUUGGAGCCUAUUCUCACAGCAGUGACUUUGAUGCCAUUAUCUGCUGAUAUCUCCCAACGUUAUGCUGGGUACAAAAGAUCCAUCGAGAGACCGAUAGUCUAGACGGAAGGUUCUGUCUUUUUAUAAGCGGGCCCUGAAAUUUCCUCUUGGGGCAUUUCGCAAGAAAGGGCGGCGACUGGUUUUACAGUCCUAGCGUUUACGAGGAGUGUCUUGAGAUGCGAUUAGAUAUCGCAGAUCAAUGAACGUACGCCCCAGCAUUGGAAGAAAUGGGGCUUGUUUAGUGUAGCAUAUGCGUUGCUAUUCUAUUGACUCUAAAUGAGGAUCAACACUUUAAAACCUGUA